CUCGUCCAAUCUGCUCCACCUAGCUCUACGCUUGUGCGCUCGCGCGAGGGACGAACAGGUGGCUACGUUGUCGCAGAAAGUAGAAGGGCUUCUUCCGCUUCGUCAACAGCAACAGCAGGGCAACGCCGGGGAAGGUGCACUAGGAGCUCCAGCAGCUGAUGGCGCAGGCUCGUCAGGAGGCAGCGAGCAACAGAGCGACAUCAUACUUCGAGAGGACGUUGCAACAACUCGGAGUUUGUUGAAGACCAAACUCGAAAUCAUCCGGGAAAACGCAGACAAGCGCUGCGCACACCUGCUUCGCUGGUUGAUGUUUUCCCAAGAUGUGGAAGUUUUUCGUUUGGAGCAGAACUUUUUCAAAAGUGCGUUUCACUUGGCCGCUGAAUUUGGCCUACGACAUUCACUGGAAGUACUGUGGCAGUUUGCGGGCACCGAAAAGGGCGCUCGGCAAUUUUUGAGACUGCGAUCCUGCGUUCCUCCCUUCCCACUCAGCAUUCCUCUCCAAAUGGUCAGCAUGUUGUCCUCCAAGUCCUCGAACAGGGUGGCUGGAAGUGCUUCUUCGACUACUUUGGCACCAACAGACGCGAUAGGUCCUCCAGGUGGCACCAGUGUGGGCGUUUCACAUUUAGACCAAGGGGGUUCUGGAGGAGCAGGAGCACGCGUUGAGGAUGCAAGACCCAAGAAUGGUCUUGUACCCGCACUUGGCGGAGGUUCGGCCGUUCCCGUGUCGAUGGUUAGCUCUCCAUUGGGCAGUCCUCGUCCGCCUGCAGAGUCGACCAACCGGAAGAGCGGUCGCGGAGGAGAGACGAAGGGCCAACCACGAGCAACUCUGUCCCUACCGGGUUUGCGGGUACAAACCGCACAGCAGGCGCAGCUGUCAUGGAAGGAUACCAGAAUAAGGGUCCUCAGCAAAACGCUGUCAGAGCUGCUGCAGAAAAACGCAACUUCUUCGGUUAGCACAGCGAUAGAAAAUGAGACGGAACUUCGCAGUCAAAAUGAUGGCCUCGGCGCGAAAGACCAGCACCAGUCAAAAAUACCAUCAACCGCCGCGAGCUCUUCUUCGGCAUCACCCACCGCUGCACAGCGCUGGCUCGUAGACUUGGUCUACCGCAAAGGUGGCGCACCGUCGCAACAAAGCAACGUGUUCGAUACUACCAGAGUGACGGCUUUGAUUCUGGCCAUCGAAAACAACCACGUGGAGUUGGUGCGUUUCCUGGUGGAAGCGUGCGGCGCAACGCUUCCAGGCGGAACGCCGGGCAUGGUGUGGCCGCAAAUUCUAGAGGACGCAGAGUUCGAGCUUGAAGCGAUUCGGCAACGUACGCUCGUGGCAGCGAACUGCAUCCUUCCUUCAUACGUUGCGCGCGAUACAGCAAGUUCAGGGCUACACCAAUCACAACCGCUAGCAGUGCAAACCGGGAGCAGGUUCUCGGGAAAUCGGAAGGGAGGUAAAGGAGGUUCACUUCUGGGCCGCGCAGCCACGGCAAUUUCUACGGCUGUCGUGAGUAGUGGCGGUAGACAAAGAGGGGCACCAGGUGCCGCAGGCGGGAGUGGUGAUCUUGCAAAUUACGGCACAACGACAGCAAGCGGAGCGAGCCAGACCAGCGCGCUCGCGUCCGGAUCCGCAGUUCGUGGGGGAAGUACUGUUAGCGGUGGAAGUGCGCGAAGCAAAAAGCAGCCUAAGGCAAAGAGUAAGAAGCGACCCCAGUCAGGGGUAGAGCCAUUGACGAAACGAGCACGAUUGUCUGCGCCGCCAGGUGAAUCUACGCCGCCAGUCGCUGCGGGACCUGCUCCGACAGGACCUGCUCUGCACAUGUUUGCACCACCGACAUCCGGCGGCGGUGGUGGGUCGGCUGUUCCUCCAGUGGCAGUCGGUCCGCAACCUUUGUUGAAAAUACCGCUACGUGCGGAGCGUAAACCAAUCAUUUUGCCGAACACAAUCUUUCAGGCACUACAAACAGACGGGUCUGUGGAAUGGUGGGCGAGAGAUCAGGCAGGUCAGUACUAUGUUCUGGAUUCGAAAACGAAAAAGCCAACGAAGCUCGUAGCUUCCUCGGCCCCGGGUAAUAUCAUAACCGCACCACCUGUCAAAAACUUUCCUAUGUAUGGUGCUGCAGGAGGAAUGGCAGGUGGCGGUGCACUCGGGGGUAGCACACUAGUCGAACAAGCGGCGAACGCGGCCGGCGUGAAUGAAAAAUACCCGCUUCAGGCAUCGCAACCGAAAAAUUUGACCGCCGGGGAGCUGCUGACCCCAACGUCGGCAUCUUCUUUGGCGCAACUCGCGUCCCAUGCAGUGGCUGGACAACACCUCUUCGGGUUCGGGCAGCAGCUUUUCGAUGCCGCGUCCGCGGCUCAGCAACGGGGUCCAGGCAAGAAGCUAAAAUCGCAGACCCAGAUGACACCGCAACGCCAACAUCUCUUUCCCGAUGGUGGUACCGGGCAUCUUAUCGGUGGCGAUGUUCCGCCCAUAGUAGACGUGUCGCAGAUUGGAGGUUAUUACCCGCUUUCGACGAAGCAAACGGACGCCUUAGAAUGGACCGUGCGAUUGGCCGAAGUCGUGGAUGACCGCGAGGAGGACGCAGCACAACUAGAUGGAGCAGUCGCAUCAACUUCUUCUAGCACAACCUAUGGAACCACAUCUUCGACAACUAAACUAAUAAGUGACAGAAUGGCUCCAGGCUACAAACAGUAUCAGAUUGAAUUUGUCGACCCCAUGGACGACACAGUCGUUCUCCCGUACGGCAGCACUGAGUACGACAAGCUUUUGAAUCACCUCGCAGAAAACUGCGACUGGCUCAAUCUCUCGUGGCCAGCUGAGGCAGGCUACUCCAGCUCCGAGGAGGAGGAGGAAGACGGCCUUUUGGACAAGUUUGUCGACGAGAAGGAUAGCGGUACAGGCAAAGACUUACUGGAUCCUCUGACAAGUCUUGCAAAGGACAAAAUGCUUCAGCAUCACCUUUUACCCAAAACGACUGAGCACGAGCUUUCAUCCGCAGAUGCAGCGAUACUUAAUAAGCAGGGAGCUGGCGAAGGAGCGGAUGCGGACCUGGACGUCUCAAUGGAAGACACUUCGUGAUUGAUGAAGGGACGUUGGUUUUGAGGAACCUCUAGUCUAGUAGAUCUUUGACCAUUCAUAUCAAAUUGCAUGUUAAUCAACUGAUUCCAGCUGUACAACUACGUAUUGGAUGUAAGUAGACACAACUAUAGCUGCAGCCACACAAGGACCAAGAUAUUUAUUAUAUCUGACGAUAAUGAAAAUGUGCUAGCUCUGCUUACAUGAAUUGAUUGCUAUUGCUUCUGCUUGGUACUAAAGAGUGCAAUGAAACACACACACACACACACAAAGAGGCUGAGGCUUGAUGCCUCAAAGAAAUGUCCAUGUAAUUUCACAUUUGUUUACUCCCGAUUAUUUACUCCCGCAAGACAUCCAUUAUGAAGAACAUGUCGCAAACCACAUCGAACAUAUGAUAUUAUUGUGUCAAGUUGUUGUUGUGCAUGGCAUCAGCGCAUCGAAAUCGUUGAUUCACGCUUGCUACAACAUCGACUGAUCUUUGUCAGUACUAGCCUGAAAACGCAACAAACAGG